UGACCACUUCUGUAAUGCUUCUUCAAGAGGGAGGGACAGAUAUAUCUCAUAUAAAAUGAAGGAGAAUCAACGAAGGAUCCACAUCUUACAGUAGCAGCAAAUAAAGAUGCAGCAGAAUCUCAUGGAUGAGUUCAGGUUUAAAAGUGUCAACCUGCAGUGGGCCAAAAACCAGCUUAACCACAAGACAUGCAGUCUGAGCUCCAGGACUCUUGUCCUGAGGAGAGGGCAGGCCUUUCAGAUUCUGGUGAACUUUGAUGGACGGGCAUUCAAUCCACACAAGGAUAAACUGGUCUUUCAAGUUCAUUUCUUUCAAGGCUCGCUGUCUGACGAAGUGCCAGUCUCGACCAGACAAAAAUCUACAACUCAGUGGAGUGCUACUAUAGUGUGUGACAUAGCUCUCUCACACUCACCCCGCACAAUAUCAGUUUUGCUGUUAAGCCCCGUGUCUGCUUCUGUGGGGGUUUACACCCUCAGCCUGAGAGUCGAGACCCACGUGAGUGUGAGGACCCACUUUCUCUGUCAUUUCACCCUGCUCUGCAACCCCUGGUGUGAAGGUGAUUCUGUGUUCCUGAACUCUGAGGAGCACAGAGAUGAAUAUGUAAUGAGAGAUUUUGGACUGCUGUUUAAAGGUACACCCGAUAAUCCUUGCGGGAGUCCAUGGUUGUUUGAUCAGUAUGAAAAGGGGAUAUUGGACAUUUGUAUGAAUCUGCUGCAGUUGAGUCCCCAGCACCUAUGGGACAGAGGACGCGAUUUAAUGGAGCGCACCAGUCCAGUCUACAUUAGCAGAGUGAUCUCAGCGAUGACAAACAGUAAUGAUGGAGAUAGGGGUGUGCUCAUGGGAUGCUGGUCACGUGAAUACAAUGAUGGUGUUAACCCAUUGGAAUGGUUCAGCAGUGCAGAUAUCCUCUGGAAAUGGUCUGAAUCCAAUUUCAGACCUGUUAAAUAUGGCCAGUGCUGGGUGUUUGCUGCUGUCAUGUGCACAGUAAUGAGGGCACUUGGCAUUCCAACUCGUGUUGUCACCAAUUUUAACUCUGCCCACGACACAAAUGGCAACUUGAUGAUUGAGGAACAUUACUCAGAGCGUGGAGAAAAGUUAGAAUCUUACACGCAGGAAAGAAUCUGGAACUUCCAUGUUUGGGUAGAGUCGUGGAUGAAGAGGCCUGAUCUGGGACAUGAGUUUGAUGGUUGGCAGGUUCUUGACCCCACACCCCAGGAGAGGAGCACAGGAUGGUUUAGAUGUGGCCCUGCUUCUGUGAAGGCCAUACGUCAGCAGAAGUUCAAUGCACAGUUUGAUGUACCAUUUGUCUACGCUGAAGUGAAUGCUGAUGUCGUUGAAAUGAUUAUGCGUGAUGGAAAGCUUUUGGAAUCUAGGACUGAUACCAAACGAGUCGGAUCCCUGAUAUGCACCAAGCAUCCAGGAUCCAUGCAAAUGUUAAACAUCACCUCACAAUAUAAAACUGAGAUGGAUGAAACAUUAACUUAUCCACUUGUAAAUGCUUACCAUGAUGAAAUACCAGUUCCAUCAUUUAUUACUUGCUCCACUGCAACUAGAUGUGGUGAUACAGCAAGUUCCAUUCCAAAUCGGAUAGCUGUUUCCCUGACUCUUCUGGAGACCCCUGUAGUCGGACAAAGUGUUUUAUUCAAAGUUGAAAUUAACAACACUUGGAGCAAAGACAAAAAUCUCAAAAUGAACAUCAACGCACAGAAGAAAAAGUACAAUCGUAAUCCCACCAGAACCUUCUGGAAGGCUUAUGAUGAACUGAAGAUCGUUCGUUAUGAUACUCAGACUUUCAAAUACGAGAUCUCCUUCAGUGAGUAUACUCGGAGCGAGGAUCUGGUUAACCUGGCUGUGGUUAUACUGGACAUGGAGACUGGGGAGAGAACAAUGGCUUCUAAAGAGUUUCGUAUCCACAGCCCUACUCUCAGUAUACAGAUCAAAAACUCUGUCAUCGCUUGCAUGCAGCAAGUUGGCAUGGUGAUCUUCACCAGCCCCUUCACCAUUGCAGUAUAUGGAGAGCUCACGGUGACAAGUUCAGGAAUUUUGAGGGACCGAAUCAGCGUGACAGUUCAGCCUAGAGAGACCAUAAGGAUCCCCUUUCAGUUCACUCCAAGGAGGACAGGUGCCAAGAUGCUCUUUGCUAGUUUUGUGUUGAAAAACCUGCAUUGCGUUCUCCAUGGGUUCAAGACCAUCAAUGUUAAAUAG